UUUUUCCAUUUUUGUAUCAAUUUUAAUUUACCUAAAAUGGAUAUCUCAGAUCCGGCAGUGAUUAUAUUCCUCGUCGAAAGUUACGAGAAAGAAAAUCGACUUAGACUUAAUUGGAUUACUAAGCACCGUGAGAAAAUAGAACAGGCGGCCACGUUAACAAGACCACCGACUAACUACUUCGAAUCUGAUGUCACCGCACACCCCAUGGUCGCAGGAAUGGGAACUGUUACUAUUAGCCAUGCAGUAGCCGGCUACAACAGGAGGAAGAAACCAAUACGCGACGCCACAUUCAUACCGGGUAUUAAAUACUUAAGAAAAGGUCACUCCAUCGUAGAUAUCGGCCUAGGUGACCCCAAACUUGACUCUAAGCUAGUACGACCCGAUACAGAUCUCUCAAGCGAUCCAAUCAUGCGUCCAGUAGACCCUGAAUUAACACAAAUAAUUUACAAAUCCAAACCCGAAUUUGGUAAUAUGAAGUAUAUGGAAGAACGUGGGAAAAUACUACCAGAAAAGAGAUAUUAUUUUGCGGAAAGCAGCGGUUGGACGUAUGGGUGGAGACUAGGUGAUAGUACAUUGAAGGAAAAACCUAUGUAUGGUAGGUGCUGGCAUCUGACGAAAACAUUGAAAAGUCGCGUGGGUCCGCAGCCAGACCCCGCACAUUACAAGUCCUCGGUUCCACCAGGCCGUUCGCACUGUGACGGAAUAUAGAUGGCGCUAUUAUCAGUUAACAUUUCCAUGCCUUAUAAAUGGCGCUGUUUUAAUGAACACUAACCUAUAGUACAGAGACUCUAUAACCUAUAGUACGUAGUUAUUGUACCCCACUAUUAAUUGUAUUUAAUAGUUUAUAAUCUAUUUUUAUCGAUUGUUUAAGUUUUUAACAUC